AUGAAUGAUGCUGAAGAUGAGAAUUUAAUUGAUGUUUCAUUAGAUUCAUCUUCAACUAUUUCAUCAUGGUUAAUUGAUUAUUAUUUUACAAAAACUUAUUUAAGUCAAGUGAAAAUUUCAAAUAAAUCUAUACAACCAAAUAUUAUAAUUGGUUUACAUGAUAUGUUUAUUAUUUAUCAAAUAAUUCAAACAACAUCAACAUCGAAAGAAUUUUUUGAAUUAUGUAAAAAAAAAUUUCAACAUAUUAAAGAUGAUUUAAUAUUAGAUAAUUAUAAUAAUUAUUUAAAUCGUUGUGGUUUAAAAGAUAUUAUCGAUUUAUUUCAUCAAUGUAAAUUAAAAUCAUUUAUUAAAAAAUUUAUUUUUAAUAUUAAUAAUGUCAAAAAUGAUAUUGAUCGAUUAAUUUUGAAUUAUUUAUUAGGAAUAGCAUUGGAACGAUUUAUUUAUGAUGAAAACACGCAGUUAUCAACCGUAGAGACAAAUCAAAUUAUACUUACAUUAUUGGACAAUGAGAAAAAUCAUGCGGAACAAACACUUACUAAAAAUUAUAUAAAACAUACAAUAUGUACAUAUCUGGCACUUUUACUGGAUACACGCAAUGAACAUGCUCUUAUUCAUUGUCUUGCUACACCUGCACGAGCAGGAAUUGAACGACGAACAAUAGUUGAAUUACGACGUUUAUCAAAAUUAUCAAAGAAUGAAUGCUUAACUAUUUAUCAAAUACUUAUUUCAUUUCUUCGACGCAAAGAAUUAAUAUUAAGUCGAUUAUCAUCAUCACAACAAGAUUCAAUAAACACUGAUGAUGAAUCAUUUAUUAUACUUGAUAAAUAUUAUACUGGUAUAAAAGAUUUUUUUGAUUUCAUUGAACAAAUACAAAUGACAAUUGAAGAAAAUGAACAUUUAAAAAUUGAAUCAAUUGUAACAUUUCGUAAAAUAAUGACACAUAUGUCUAAACAAUUACGUAAAGAUAGUUCAUUUAGUCGAUGUGAUUCAAUUUUUAAGGAAAUUAUUGAAGAAUUUAGCCAAUGUUUUCAAACAACACUUCCACUUAUGGAUUGUGCAUCACCAAUUCGAGUAAGGCUUAAAUUAGAUUAUUAA